CACAAACAAUCGCACAAACAUCUAUUUUCAGCACAUUUCGCCUAUUUCAAUGCUUCUCGAUAUCGUGAGGAACCGGCCAUGAUAAUCAGUCCUUACUAUCAACAUCUCUCCAUGCAGUGUGAGCUACGAUUCAUCUAUCGUUUGUUCGGUGAGCCUGGUGCAGCUAUCGUUGUGACCACUCAACACCGAGCGCUGAAUGAUGCAAAUCGUUUCAUCGACAACUAUGAUUAUGAAGAUGAGACCGAUUGGACUAGGCCUACACUACAUUCCACAUUCAAUGUCCAACAUAGCUAUGUUGAUUCGUGA